AUGAGGGUGCGAUUGACGCCGUUGCGCCUCGCAUGCGCCGUCACCGUCUUUGUCGUCUUCUCCCUGUGCACGCUCGUCGUCCGCCUAUGGCACGGCGAGCGCGGCUACGACAUCCUCCCGCCAUCGCCCGCGACACCCGGCGGCGGGCCUCCCUCGCACGUCGCCUACGGCACCGAAUGCUCUCCCUUCUCCGCCGGCGUCAUGGACCGCGUGACCGUUGUCCUCAAGAUUGGCGCCGGCGAAGUCGCAACCCAGUUGCCGCUCUACCUCAACCGGCUCGGGCGCUGCAAGCAGGACCUGCUCAUCUUCUCCGACCGCAAAGACACGUACAACGGCUUCGACAUAUCCGACGCCCUCGCCCACCUCCGCCCGGAAUACAAGUUCAAUAACCCCGACUUCGACGUCUAUGACCGCAUACAGAGCUCCAAUGGCACGGCAGCGGCGGGUGGUGACAAGAGCGAGGAGGGCUGGCGUCUGGACAAAUACAAGUUCCUGCCUAUGGUGGAAUGGACGAGUUACCACCGGCCCGAGUCGGAGUGGUAUGUGUUUCUGGAACUGGACACGUAUGUGAACUGGGAUAACAUGUACCGCUUCCUGUCCACGUUCAAUCCAAAGUCGGCCUACUACUUCGGCUCUCCGGUCUGGCCUAAGAAGAAGACAGUCUUUGCACACGGCGGCACAGGCUUUGUCUUAUCGCGUGGCGCGCUCGAUAAGAUCAUGGCGCUGGGCCGUAUGUUUGGUGAAAAUAAGCACUUCCCUGGGACCCAUUUCUUCGGCGUCGAUGUCAAGAAGCAGUGCUGCGGUGACGAGAUGCUGGCGCAGGUGCUAAAGAAGAGCGGUGUCUCACUCCGAGGAUACUGGCCCAUGUUCAACGGCGAGAAGCCAAUUACCAUGCGCUUCGACAAUGAGCAGUGGUGCGAGGCGGUCUUGACGAUGCAUCAUCUUGGUGAAGAGGACUUUACAAGAUUGGCACAGUGGGAAGAAGCGCGGAGUCAUCCCGAGAGGCCGCUCAUGUUCGAAGAGCUGUUCACAAUGAUUGAACCGAAUCUGCAAGAUAAGGCGGAAGACUGGUCAAACAUGUCCGAGGACGUCGUAUACAGAAAGGGCAAAACAGCGGCCAAGUCUUUUGACAGAUGCCAGAAGGCGUGUGUAGGCGAUGGCAGGUGUCUGCAGUUUGAACACGACGGUAAUGAGUGCCGCCUUGGCUAUUCCAUCCGACUAGGUCACCACCAGAGCAGCGAGGGCGAGCGGAGGUGGACGAGUGGAUGGAUGUUGCCAAGGAUCAAGGCGUUCAAGCAAGCCCGCUCGCCAUGUCAGGGCGCCCGCUUUGUUCACUCCAAUCCUUGA